CUUCCGCCCGGCCUCCCUCCGGGGUGAAGCGAGAAAGGAAGGCGGAGCAAAGCGGAACGGAAGCGCUGAAACUUCUGCUUUUGUCCGGGAGUUUUAAAAGGAGACCCUUUUCUUUUCCGGCUCGUGGGGAGGCUGUCGGUAACUGCGGAGCAUCUGAAGUUUGAGAACACUUCAGUCGGCUCUUCGACUGGCCCCCAGCCGUCAACAUGCCACAAAAUGAAUACAUAGAGUUGCAUCGAAAGCGGUAUGGCUACCGCUUGGAUUACCAUGAAAAAAAGAGAAAGAAGGAAAGCCGAGAGGCUCAUGAACGGUCAAAGAAAGCAAAGAAAAUGAUUGGUCUAAAGGCCAAACUCUACCAUAAACAGCGUCAUGCUGAGAAGAUUCAGAUGAAAAAGACUAUCAAGAUGCAUGAAAAGAGAAAUACCAAGCAAAAGAAUGAUGAAAAAACUCCCCAAGGAGCAGUGCCUGCAUAUCUGCUAGACAGAGAGGGACAGUCCCGAGCCAAAGUCCUUUCCAACAUGAUUAAACAGAAACGAAAAGAGAAAGCUGGUAAAUGGGAAGUACCUUUGCCAAAAGUUCGGGCCCAGGGAGAAACAGAAGUAUUAAAGGUUAUUCGUACAGGAAAGAGAAAGAAGAAGGCUUGGAAGAGAAUGGUUACUAAAGUCUGCUUUGUUGGGGAUGGCUUUACUCGAAAACCACCAAAAUAUGAAAGAUUUAUUAGACCAAUGGGUUUGCGGUUUAAGAAGGCUCAUGUAACUCAUCCUGAACUUAAAGCUACUUUUUGCCUGCCGAUACUUGGUGUGAAGAAGAAUCCCUCCUCCCCAUUAUAUACAACUUUGGGUGUUAUUACCAAAGGGACUGUCAUUGAAGUGAAUGUGAGUGAGUUGGGCCUUGUGACACAAGGAGGCAAAGUUAUCUGGGGAAAAUACGCACAGGUUACCAACAAUCCAGAAAAUGAUGGAUGCAUAAAUGCUGUCUUGCUUGUUUAAUUGACUAAUUGAAUGAAGUUCUACAUCUUUUAUAUUUGUUAAAGAUUCUACAACAUAUCAAAAAAAAAAACCAAUAGUUACUUUAUUGAACACUCAAAAAAAAAAAAACCAAUGACCACGUUUUACACAUUGGUUGUUUUGAUUCAGAAAAGAGAUGAGACACUGUUUUCUUUUAUGAGACUUUCCCAUUUAGGAAUGGUAAUUUAAAAAAAAAAAAAAAAAAGCUUGUAGCUACUUUGCAGAAUCCAUUGAAAUACUGGAGAUCAAAAAGUACCUUAUUUGUCUUUAUUCUUUCAGUGUUUUUCUAACCACUAAAGCCUUAGACUAAUAAAAAGACUUAUUAAACAACAAAAAAAGACUAAAAAGGGUUGUUAGGUCCUAGACUAACUUAGACUAGACUAGAUUAGAUGAUUAGGGAGAAUGAAAGCUUAGUUCAAAUUGAAUUGAUGUUUUUUUGCUUUUUAUGUCAUCUGACUUAAAUAGUUGAAAGGAUGAAAAUGACCACAUAGCUUUUUAUUUGGUUUGCAAACCAAUGCAUUAGUAAUAAUAGAAAGGAACAGAAACUGAGUUAGGAUGUGUUUAUUCAGCCAUACUACUAGGAAAAAACUUAACAGGACAAAAGAUAUUGUAUUUAUUUAUUGCCUUUUCAUUUUUAUUAACUCAUUGCUUUGCCAGGAUAACCUGGAGGCCAUUAUUCUCACAUAACUAUAAUACUAAGGCUAAUUUUUAUUAUAGAUAAUUAUUUUUUAAAAACUUACAUUUAUAAUAUAUUAUUUCAUGAGCUAUCUACAAUUCCAGGGACCUUGAAUUCUUUAAAGCUACUCCUUCAGAAUAAGUUCUGACAGGUUCUUCUGUGUUAGAAAGAAUGGGUACUAUUGGAGAUUGUCUCCAAUUGGAAGACCAACCAAAAGUGUUCAUGUCAUCUCAUCAGAAGCUCAUCUGAAGGUACAUUAUUUGACCAUGACUACCCAUUAAAGCUAUUCAGUUCUUCAGGGACAGAGGCAGAGUGGGGGAAAUGGGAGGAAGAAGCAGCAUAUCACUUAUCAAUAAUUGUUGGUACUUCAAAUGUUUUCAAAUGUGAAAUUAUCCACUGAAAUGCUAAAUGGACACCCUAAAUCAUAUUAAUCUAGUAAACAAAAAGGAAUCUGCAGCUAUGAAUAACAAGUAAAUGAAUUGGAUCAGUUGUCCUUUCAACAGCAAUAAGAAAAAUUUCAUGGGAUUUUUGGUUCUCAUACAAAUAAUAACUUUUAAUGAAUAACUGCAAAAAUGCAGUUUUUAUGUCAAUGUUUGUGGUCCCUUCAAUUUAAGCAAAAUGAGACUUUUUUUAUCUGAAUCUUUUAACCAACUGCAUGAGGAUAAAAAUUUGAUCUGUUCUAGGAUAACAUUUGU